CCGCUCACCAACCGCGGACCUAACGCAACGCCCUCCGAUCCUCGCCUCAGAAAACUCCGAGAGCUGGUCAUCCACCGCCACCUACAAUUCAAGCACAGGACAGGACGGAAUCAAGCGCGGCACGGCACCGAUGUGUAGCAGGGCCGCAGGGAUGAAUAAGUAAGGAGAUGACGAGCGCCGGCGGUGGCAAAGCAAGCGGCCGCCUUUACGUCGCCACCCACCUCCAGCUCAAGGACCCCGGGGGCGGAGCUGGCCGGCAGCCAGCACUGGAGUGAGAAGGAGGGGCGCGGGGUGGGUGGCGGAUGGGGAUGAGGAUGGACGGACGCAACGGCCCGGCCGGCGCUGUAUUGGAAGCAAGUGCCCGAUCGGCGUGAAUAAAAGUAGAUGGGGGCGGGGGCGGCCCGGAGGUGGGUGGAGGCGUUAAUGGGCAUGGAUGGCGCCAACCAUGCAGUGCCCGCCAUUAAUGAGCAAGCGAGCGAGGGCCGGGAGUGCCGUAGUGGAGUGGGGGAGGAGGAUGAGAGGGCCGGGACAAGACAAGACAAGCAUCUGCUUCAGUGCUUCGCUCGCAGCUUCCCGAACUGGUUAUUGACGAAGAUGGAUUUUUGAGUGAUGAAGCGAACUGCUGCGAUCGACACCGAUGCGCCAGCGACGACGACAGAGAUGGGGGAUGAGUACUCGAUGGGGAGGGAUAUGGGGGAUGCUAUCACGAAACAGGCAACAGAUCGAGUUGAUCGCUGUCUUCGUUGACACUGGCACAUACGUGCACAUGCAGGACUGGGACAGGCGAGCAACAUCCGCAAGUAUCGCUGUCCACGAUUUUCCGCGAGCCUGUAUGGUCGCAACUCGAACGGCCUACUGUUAUGCUCAGAGAUCAGAAGUGGAAGAAGAAUCAGAGAUUAGAGAAGAACAGUGAACAGGAGGCAGAAGGCGACGGAUGUUAUUGCGUAUGAGUUUGUUUAAGUUUUGCAUGCCUCUUCAGAAACCACAGACUAGGUAUUAUACCGUCACAUGGGCUGGCCCUGAAUUACAAGAGACUAGGAUUACACAGCCCAUUCUGGGCUCAUCACACAAACGUUGGUGCGUCGAGUGCGUUUGCCGCCGAGUGCUGCCUGUUCCACUUCCGUCUCUUCCACAGCCUCCUCCUCCACAGAGGUGCUGACAGUCCCCUCUCCUUUGGAAGCGGCUUGUCCCCAAGCCGGCGCGUUCGGAAACGCAGCUUUCAGGGCCUCAGCGUCCUCCCAUAUCGCUAAGGCGGGAUCCCAACCUGACCACACCACUUUGAUUUGUGGAAUCAGAGCUCCUCCUCGCUGAAUAAUGCGGUGAGCCAGAACCUGGACAGGCACUUGAAAACUAGGAUUAGCAUCAGGUAACUGAGGAACCACUGAAUGCUGACGGCCGAUUGAAGCUUUUAGUUGGGAAACAUGAAAUAUUGGAUGUAUAGAAGAGGUCUCCGGUAACUGAAGCUUGUACGCCACGGUGCCCACCCGUUGCAGCACUGUGUAAGGGCCGAAGAAUCGAAAUGCGAGCUUUUGAUUCGAGCGAACUGCCACAGAUGAUUGAAUAUAGGGUUGAAGUUUGAGGUAAACUAGGGUUGAAGUUUGAGGUAAACCUGAUCGCCCACCUGGAAUGAUCGCUCCGAACGUUUCUUGUCAGCCUGUUUUUUCAUGCGGGACUGAGCUCGAGUCAAAUGCUGGUGAAUCAACUUGGAUAUGAUUUCUCUGUCCGUCAACCACUGUCUGAGGUCCUCCACUGCGACGGACGAGACUGAAUCAAUACCAAAAUGGCGAGCUGCAUGACCAUAUAGAACCUCAAAGGGUGAACGCCCAAUUGCCGAAUGGUAGUUGGUGUUAUACCAAAAUUCCGCGACUGACAGCCAGUGACAGCAUUUCUUGGGACAAGCAUGGACAAAACACCUGAGAUAAGUUUCAAUACAUUGGUUUACUCGCUCAGUUUGACCAUCAGACUGGGGAUGGUAAGCCGAGCUCAUGCAAAGCUGUGUUCUAGUCAAUGUAAACAGCUGCUGCCAGAAUUGACUUGUGAAGAUUCGAUCUCGAUCCGACACAAUACUUGCUGGCAUACCGUGAAGCUUAUAAAUAUUGUCCAAGAAAACCUUGGCCACCCCCGCGGCUGUGAAUGGAUGAGCAAGGGCCAGAAAAUGACUAUAUUUUGAGAAACGGUCGACCACCACUAGAAUGCAGUUCCAGGAUCCCGAUUUCGGUAGGCCUUCUAUGAAAUCCAUAGAAAUUGAAUGCCAGGCGUGCGGUGGAAUGGGUAGAGGAGCAAGCAGACCUGGGUAUUUAGCACGAUCCGGCUUCGCUUGCUGGCAUAUGGGACAUGACUGCACAAACUGGUGAACUGUCUUCUUCAUGCCCUUCCAUGAAAAUAAUUGCUUCACUCGUCGAUAAGUGACAGGCACACCCGAGUGACCCCCCAAAGCUGAGUCGUGGAAGGCGGCGAUGACCUUUUGUUGUAACACCUCAUUCUUGCCUAACCAUAGACGUCCCUUAUGUCGAAUCAAGCCAUCUUUAAGAGUGUAUGUUGCAGCUAGUGCCGACGGAUCAAGGGCCAACUGCGAUAACAAACUCUGUGCCUGCUGGUCAUGUUGAUAACCCUCCACGAUUUCCUGAACCCAAGUUGGCGUACAGUGAGAAAUAUGCAGCAAUUGGUCCGGCUGAUGUGAGUACCUGGACAGUGCGUCUGCGGCAGCGUUGUCACACCCUUUUUUGUAAACAAUCUUGUAUUGAAGGCCGGCCAGCUUGGUGUAUACCUUUUGUUGCCAAACAGUGUGGAGACGUUGUUCGUUUAACUGAGCCAAGCUUUGGUGAUCCGUAUAAAUAUGGAAUUCUGCCAACUGAAGGUAUGAGCGCCACUGUGCUAUAGCAAUCACAAUUGCAAGAUAUUCCUUCUCGUAUGUCGACAAGCCUUGGUUUUUGGGACCCAGAGCCUUGCUCAAGAACGCCAACGGGUGCCCCUUUUGCAUCAGGACCGCACCUACGCCUGUACUGCAGGCAUCUGUAUAAAUGCAGAAUGGUUGGUUGAAGUCUGGAAGAGCCAGCACUGGAGCAGAUAUUAAAGCCUGCAUGAGGGUCUCAAAUGCUGACUGAUGAUCUGAUGUCCAAACGAACAGGGAAUUUUUCUUGAGUAAGUCCGUCAGAGGUUUGGCGAUGAUGCUGAAAUGUCGUACGAAUUUACGGUAAAAACCAGCCAAACCGAGAAAACUGCGUAGCUCCUUAGUAUUUGUUGGGGCUGACCACUGCUGAAUAAUUUGCAACUUAGCUGGGUCAGUCGCCACACCGUGAGCACUGAUUAUAUGACCGAGAUAAGCAAUAGUGGUCUGGGCAAAAGCACAUUUGGACAACUUGAUCUUCCAGUGAUCUUGCUUCAACAAAGUGAGGACCUCGGAUAAAUGUUGCAAGUGGGACUCAAAUGUAGGACUGUAAAUAAGUAUGUCAUCGAAGAACACGAGGGCACAACGACGCAAUACUGGUGCCAGUGUAUCAUUCAUGGCACCCAGAAAAGUGUUGGGAGCUCCAGUCAAGCCAAAAGCCAUUACUCGAAACUCGAAAUGACCCAAAUGUGUUUGGAAGGCCGUCUUUGGUUCUUCUCCUGGUACUAGACAGAUUUGAUGGUAACCCGCUUUCAGAUCAAGCUUGCUAAACCAUUGUGCAGAGGACAGUUCAUCCAUCAGCUGAUCAAAGAUUGGAACAGGAUACGAGCUCUUCACUGUUAUAGCGUUGAGAUAGCGGUAAUCAAUACAGAAGCGCCACGUUUGAUCUUUCUUCUUGACCAGCAAUACUGGCGAUGCAAACAGACUGUGGCUCUUUUGGAUGACUCCCUGCGACAGCAUGUCACGUACUUGUGUCUCUAUUUCAUCCUUGAGAGCCGGUGGAUAACGAUAGGGCUUGACAUUGAAAGGGUGAGCACCAGGGACCAAUGGAAUAGCAUGGUCACACUGUCGGCUGGGAGGUAAACCCACAGGAUCAGCAAACACAUCUGAAAAUUGUUGAAGAACCGCUUGAACCUUGGGAUGUACCUCCAACUGAGACUCUUCUUGAACUGAAUUGAGCUGUAUCUCAGCUGAUAGCAGCAACUGCACCACAGAACCAGAAGGAAAAGAUGACUGAAGUCCUUGUAAGCACACUGACGAUCCAUUGUAUGGAAUUACCAACCACUUGUUUGCCCAAUCGACAUGCAUAGGACUAAACCGUUGCAACCAGUCCAUGCCCACCACUAAAUCCAAAGCUGGUAACGGCAAAAAACGAAGAUCAGCUGUAAACCAAUAACCAGCCAUAGACCACUGUGCUGCAGGAAUAUAAUAUUGAGAAGAAAGAGUCUGCCCGUUGGCCACCUGAACUGAGAACGGCUGAGCAAGUUCCUGGACACCAGCUAGCAGUGGUCGAAGACGAUCAAAGAGGAACGAGUGUGACGAUCCCGAAUCAAUAAGAAUAACCAGGUCCUGUUGCUGAAUCGUUCCAGAUAAUCUCAUCGUCACCAAUCUGUUACUGCCCUCCCAGGCUGCUGAAGAUAGUGAUAACGCCAUAACCACUUGUUCAGACUGCUCACAGGUUCUGUAUUCUCCUGGUCAUCCAAAGUAAGAAGAUCCCAUACCUCUUCAAUAGCAUGGAGCUGAACUGUGGUUGCACAUUUGUGACCUGGAGUCCACUUUUCUGCGCAUCGGUCACAUAACCCACGGGCACGGCGAUAGCUCUUCAGAGUCGCUACUCUGUCCAUUGGCGAAGUGUGACGGGUUGAGUCAACAAUAAGCUUCUCCGUUGGUUGCCCCUGGUUACCAACACGCUCCACCUUGGUGAUCUCAGACGCCGUCGCCUGCGGCCAAGCCUUCCGGUGGAUGAAAGGCUCAGCACGCCGGCGUCGUGUGGGCUCCAACGCUUCUUCCUGCACGAGAGCAAGCGCACAAGCAGCAUCGAGGCUUUGGGGACGUUGUACCAUGACAACUGACUUGAUAUCAUACUUAAGACCAUCAACAAAUCGCAUAGUAUAAUACAAAGGAUCUGUUCUAGACUCAUAAGCACCCAAUUCAUCUACCAGCGACGCAAACUGUUCGACGUAAUCUGACACAGAUCCAGACUGACUAAUAUGAAAUAACUGUCUGAUCAGUGUCUCAUGCUGCUCGCGACCAAAUCGGUCAUGAAUCAAACUACAAAAUCCCUCCCAAGAGAACUGACGCAAACGUCGCUCAACCGAUUGUAACCAGCGUUCAGCACGACCAACAAAAUGCAUAGAUGAAACCUUAACCCACAUAUAGUAUUCAGUGUCAUACAUCUCAAAGUAAUUUUCACACUUCUUCCAUAAUUGUGGUUUCGAGCCAUCAAAUUGUGGGAAAUUGACUUUCGGCAGUCUACCCAGCCCAGACUCACGCAUAAACUCAGAAGGAUAUUGGUGUUCAGGCAUAAAACCAGUAAUGCGCGAUGGAUGGGCAUUGUACGUACCCUUGACCAGGCCGUGAGGUUGGGUCGCAGGGAACCCAAACUCACCCUCCCGGUUUGGUGGUUCGAAGCGGUGGCCACGGGCCCCAUCAGCGUGAGGAAAUCCGGCUGGAGGACGCACGGAUGCCGACGCGUGUGGACCAAAGAGUCCCGGCUUGUCGAAGGCUGGCUGGCGACGUUCCCGUUCAAGGAAUUUGUUGACACGGGUAACUUCCAACUCCAGAUCGUCGACCCGCUUCUCCAGAUCGGGACGCCACAUAUCAGCCUCGGUCUUCAUGAGUUCGAGGGCGAUCAGGCGUUCUUCACCGCGCAACGCCGCAACAUCCACUUGUUGGUGGAUGGCAUCGCAGCGCUGGGUGAAGGCACGCGUAUCUCCUCACAGUGUUCCUCCACGCGGCGCUCGACGCCGGCGCAGCGCCCGCUGAUUUGCUCAGAUAGACGCGCCUCCAUGAGACGCAUUUCCUCAAGCAACUUGUGGGUGAUAGUCUCCGAUUGCUCCAUCGCAGACGAUCGCGCCCGCCGCGGCACCUCCGGCAGCAGAUCCAGGAUGACAAGUCUUUGAUACCAAAUGUUAUGCUCAGAGAUCAGAAGUGGAAGAAGAAUCAGAGAUUAGAGAAGAACAGUGAACAGGAGGCAGAAGGCGGCGGAUGUUAUUGCGUAUGAGUUUGUUCAAGUUUUGCAUGCCUCUCCAGAAACCACAUACUAGGUAUUAUACCCUCACAUGGGCUGGCCAUGAAUUACAAGAGAUUAGGAUUACACAGCCCAUUCUGGACCCAUCACACGAACGUUGGUGCGUCGAGUGCGUUUGCCGCCGAGUGCUGCCUGUUCCACUUCCGUCUCUUCCACAGCCUCCUUCUCCUCCACAGAGGUGCUGACACCUAUCUGGGUCGUUCGUACGCAGCGCCGUUGGGGGCCGGGCGGGAGUCCGCCGCCGCGCGUUCGGGGGCAUUACCGCAAGCUCUCGUUCGGAGCUGCAGGAGGUGGGUGGUGACGGCCAGAGCUGGAGGUGUCCGGGUGGUCGAUCGAGGCCGUAGAGGCCGGGGGAUUUUCAUGAUAAGAAUCUACUGACGACGUAUACAUAAUAAUAGCAGAUACAGAUCUCUACUCCUAUUAAGAACGUAAGGAGGGCGUCCACAGCC